UCUUGGUGGAAGUUCUGCUUUGCCGGCGACGUUUUUUCCAGGAAAUUUCUAAAUCCAAGAUGGCAGCGGCGAUGGAUGUGGACGCACCGAGCUGCUCCAGCAGUGGAGCAAGCAAGAAGCGAUUUGAAGUGAAGAAGUGGAAUGCUGUGGCACUGUGGGCCUGGGACAUUGUUGUGGAUAAUUGCGCUAUAUGUCGAAACCACAUCAUGGAUCUUUGUAUAGAGUGCCAGGCCAACCAAGCUUCUGCAACGUCUGAGGAGUGCACCGUAGCCUGGGGGGUCUGCAACCACGCCUUCCACUUCCACUGUAUUUCCCGCUGGCUAAAAACCAGACAGGUGUGCCCUCUGGACAACAGAGAGUGGGAGUUCCAGAAGUAUGGACACUAGCUGGAAUAUCGUCAUCACUUCCUCCUUGGCUUUUUUUUUUUUUUUUACCCACACUGCAGCUCUAUUUCCCUCCCAGCUUGUAACUAGGGUUGUUAAUAUGCAUCUUUUUUGUUUGAAAUAAACUAUACAAAGUA